AUGUCGCCCCUCCCAGCGUCCUCCCUCCCCCGCUCCAGGCGACCCACUCGCAGCACCAGCAUCUCCUUCGGACCCCCGCAACGUCCCAUCCCCACCUCCCUCCCCGUCGAGCUCCUCGACGCUGUCCUCGCCCUCUUCGCCCCCUCCACGCCCGCAGACCGCGCAACGCUCGCCGCCUGCACCCUCGUCUCACGCACCUGGCGCGCGUUCGCCCGCCCGCGCCUCCACGCGCGCGCGCGCAUCGCCCGCCCCGCCGACUUCGCCGACGUGCCGCGUCGCCUCCGCGCGGACCCGCAGCUCGCGGGGAUGGUCCGCAGCCUGGAGCUCGCGCCGGCGCGCGACGCGUCUGCGCCCUUGUUAGGCUUCGGCGGGAUGUGGGCCCUGCCCGCGCCCGUGCCGGAGGGCAGGGGGCGGGGCACCCGCAUGGGCGCGUACGAGGUCGUCGAGCAGGCGUACUUCGCGCGGCGCAUGGGCGCGUGCGGGUCUCCGCGGCUCGACCUCGCGACGCUCGCGGAGAUCGUCGCGUGCCUCCCGCGGCUGCAGGAGCUCUCGCUCGUCGGGCUCGCGAUGGUCGGGCCUCCUCCUUCUCGCUCACCGUCCCCCGCGCCGUCGCCAUCUUCCGCGGAGGAAAGCACCUCCACCGCGACACCAGCACCAGCGACUCCUGGCCCCUUCCCCCUCCGCAAGCUCACCAUUGCGCGCUGCCAGAUGCCCGGGCACGGCCCGCGCCUCUCCGCCUGGUGCGGCCUCGAACUCCUCGCCCUCUUCCCCGCGCAGACCGCACACAUCGCCGGCACGGAGAUCAGCGGCGACGCUCCCACAGCGCUUCUCCCUUCCCCGCCGCCGCCGGCGAUCCGCGACUUCGCGCUCUCCUGGGAGAACUCGUACAUGCCCGCGAACGCGGCGAGCGUCUCCGGGCUGCUCGCGCACCUCGCCGCGACGCUCGACCCCGCGACGCUGGAGCGCCUCACGCUCGCGAGCGGGUGGAAGAUCGCGAGCGUGUUCCUGCCCGCGCUCGGCGCGCUCGUCCGCGCCGCCGCGGUGCCCAACGUGCGCCGCCUCGACCUCGGGCUCGUCCUGGGGCCCGUGGCCGACCGCGGGGAGGACAGAGCAGAAUACUGGGAGCCGCUGAACCUGAGGGAAUGUGGCCGCAUGGAGGCGUUCACGGUGACGAUGAAGAUGCCGUCGGAGAGGCAGGCCUCGACGGCGCGCAUCCCUCUCGCGGCGGCGUGCGCUGCGCUCGUUUCGCAGCUUCCACGGGGCACGCGCGAGGUGAUCGUGAAGCUGCGCGGAGUCGAGAAGCUGUCGCAGCUACUCGACGUUCGGUCGCUGAACCUGAGCCUUCUUGACGACGUGCUGGCGAAUAUGGAGGCCUUCCCCGAGCUGGAGAAGGUUACGAUCGAAGUGGAGGAUGGGACGCGCACGGCGGCGGUCAUCCUCGAGGGAGAGAACACGAUUGCUGCGCUGCUGCCGCGACUUCAGGCCUCUAACUUGCUCUCUUUGAUGACUGUAUCAUGA